UCCCGAGGACUUGCCUGUCUGGCCCAAACGAACAAAAACAUUCCCAAGGAGAGGAGAGAAGAGGUUUGGGGGACACACGCUGCCCCUGAGAGAAGGUUGCUGUCCGUGUCCCGGGGCCUCAGCAACUCACCAUUCACCUAGGAUGCCUCAGCUGGCGGGACUGGGGCCCGCGGCAGCCUCCCCUUGGCAGGUCCUGCUGCUCAUCGGGGUCUCCUGGCUCCUGGCCCGAAUUCUGGCCAGCACCUACGCCUUCUACAAGAACUGCUGCCGCCUCCGAGGUUUCCCUCAGCCACCCAAAGGAAACUGGUUCUGGGGUCACUUGGGCAUGAUGCGGAACAACGAGGAAGGCAUGCAGCUGGUGUCGGAGCUGGGCCACCACUUCCGCGACGUCCACCUCUGCUGGGUGGGGCCCCUCUUGCCCAUCCUGCGGCUCGUCCACCCUAAGUUCGUGGCUCCCCUCCUGCAGGCCUCAGCUUCAGUGGCACCCAAGGAAAUGACCUUCUACGGCUUCCUGAAGCCCUGGCUGGGAGACGGCCUGUUACUAAGCGCUGGAGACAAGUGGAGCCGCCGCCGCCGCCUGCUGACGCCGGCCUUCCACUUUGACAUCCUCAAACCCUACGUGAAGGUUUUCAACAAGAGUGUGAACGUCAUGCACGCCAAGUGGCAGCGCCUGGCCUCAGGGGGCAGCGCCCGUCUGGACAUGUUCGAGCACAUCAGCCUCAUGACCUUGGACAGCCUGCAGAAAUGCAUCUUUGGCUUCGACAGCAACUGUCAGGAGCACCCCAGUAAAUAUAUUGCUGCCAUCUUAGAGCUCAGUUCCCUCAUAGUGAAACGACAUCACAAGCUCUACCUGUACCUGGAUUUCCUGUACUACCUCACUGCCGACGGACGGCGCUUCCGCGAGGCCUGCAAGGUGGUGCACGACUUCACAGAUGCUGUCAUCCAGGAGAGGCGCCGCACCCUCGCCGGCCAGGACCUUGACGAAUUCCUGAAAGCCAAGGCCAAGUCGAAGACUCUGGACUUCAUUGACGUGCUCCUCUUGGCCAAGGAUGAAAAUGGGAAGGAGCUGUCAGAUGAGGACAUUCGAUCAGAGGCUGACACCUUCAUGUUUGGAGGCCACGACACCACAGCCAGUGGGCUCUCCUGGGUCCUGUACAACCUGGCGAGGCACCCAGAACACCAGGAGCGCUGCCGGGAGGAGGUGCGGGAGCUCCUGAGGGGCCGAGACACUGAAGAGAUUGAGUGGGACGACCUGGCUCAGCUGCCCUUCCUGACCAUGUGCAUCAAGGAGAGCCUGCGGCUGCAUCCCCCGGUCGUCGUCAUCUCCCGCCGCUGCACCCAGGACGUCGGGCUCCCGGAUGGCCGGGUCAUCCCCAAAGGGAACGUCUGUGUCAUCAGCAUCUUCGGGGUGCAUCACAACCCGUCCGUCUGGCCGAACCCCGAGGUCUAUGAUCCCUAUCGCUUUGACCCAGAGAACCCUGAAAAGAGAUCGCCCCUGGCUUUUAUGCCCUUCUCGGCGGGGCCCAGGAACUGCAUCGGACAGACGUUCGCCAUGAGCGAGAUGAAGGUGGCGCUGGCGCUGACGCUGCUGCGCUUCCGCGUCCUGCCCGACCGCGCCGAGCCGCGCCGGCAGCCCGAGCUGAUCCUGCGCGCCGAGGGCGGACUGCGGCUGCGCGUGGAGCCGCUGGGCGCGCCUGCGCGCUGA